AUGGAGCGAAAGGAUCUUACUAAAUUAACCACCACCCAGCUCCUUCUUCUGCUUCAGCCUGGAGCCGUGCGAUAUGCCAUCCUGGAAUUAUGGGAUCUUCGUGGUACAAUGAGAAGCUACCGGUUCCAAGGCCACGAUGAAGCCGUAAUGGAUGUGACUUUUUCACCUUCGGGCAAGUUUAUGGCCUCCGCAUCUCGAGACAAAACUGUUAGACUGUGGGUGCCUACAGUAACAGGGAGCACUGGAAUGUUCAAGGCACAUUCACAGACUAUAGUCACAGCCUCUGAUGAUAAAAUAGUGAAGCUAUGGUCUACAGAUAAGCACAAAUUCAUAGCAUCUUAUGUUGGCCAUACCAACUGGGUGCGGUGUGCUCGCAUUUCAAGUGAUGGAUCAGUUAUAGCUUCAUGUUCAGAUGACAAGUCAACCAAGCUAUGGAACUUGGAUAAUGGAGAAUGUAUUCACACAUAUAAAGAUCAGAAAGGUCAUGGACUCUGUUUGGCUUGGCACCCAUCUGGGUGCUACAUUGCUGUGGGUACUUCACAUGGCAAUGUAAAGUUAUAUGAUGUACGAACACAUAAUCUUGUGCAAUAUUAUAGUAUUCAUAAUGAUGCAGUGACACAGAUAGCUUUCCAUCCCAGUGGAAGUUACAUUUUGACUUCAAGUAAAGAUGGCAAGAUGAAGUAUGAUUUAAGAGAUAUAGGAGAUGCUGCGCUUCCAGAAGAUUUUACUAAGGAUCCAACAAAGUUAGAGAAGCCAGUAAUAUUGCAAAUACAGAAGGUCAGAAAUGUGUCAGCUCCGAAGGCCAAUGAGGAAUCUACAUCUGCUCCUCGAAUGCUAAAGUUAACGUUACAUGAUGGUAAAACUACAUGUACAGGCCUAGAAACUAGUCCUAUACCAAGCUUAAGUAUUAACACUCCACCGGGUACCAAGGUGUUGUUGAACAAUGAGGGCCUAGAGGUGUGCCAUGGUGUGGUGUGGUUGGUGCCAGAAGUCAUAUCAGUUUUGGGUGGAAAAGUUACUCACAUGAUUGAGAAAUGGGAAUUAAAUAGGAGUCUGGCGAAGCACACUAGAGGAGGCAUUGGUGUUGAUGGUGGCCCUCCACCAUGGAUUCCAUUUGGACAAAGACUGGAAGCUAUUGCAUUAGAGAAAAACUACAAGAGUAUAACAGAAGCUGCUAAACAGGAUAAUGCAGAGUUUGAAGCUCAGAGGAAAGGUGCCAUUGCUGAAGCUCAAAAAUUGUCAUCUGGUGUCAAAAAGGUCUUUGGAGGAGGCACAAAACCCCUGUUGGAUGCAAAUGUUCAAAAGAUUGUUGAUGCAGGCUUCUCAGAAGAACAAGCUGAAAAUGCUCUCAAAUAUACUAAAAACAAUGUAGAUAGGGCUCUUAAGAUUCUGCAGAAAAGAGACAAUUCAGAAAGCAGAACUAAAGAGAAACAGCAGAAAGAACAGGAACCACCCAAACGCAAAGGGCGAAACAAAGAUAAUGAUGAAGAGAUACAAGUUAAACCUUCAGGGAAGGUUUCAUUAUUUGACUUCUUAGAAGAUAAAUUGCCUAAUGUACCUGAUAGGGACAGAAGUAAUCGCCAGAAUAACUCACAAGAAGACAGGAGUGAUCGGAACAACUACAGGGAAAGGAAUAGCGGCAGAAAUAAUUCAAGAAACCAAGCGGCUAGGUUUGAUGGUGCCAAUAGACAAAGAUCUGACGGAAGAGGGCAUUAUUCUCAUGACAAUCAUUCUCAUAGAGAUGACCGGAAGUACCAAGCACAGAGUGAGAAGCCACCGAGGUUUCAGAGGAAACUAGAGGAGAAGAAUAAACAACAACAGCAACAACAACAACAGUUCCAACAUCACAAUCAAAAUCAAUUCCAGACCAACAACCUUAACAAUGUGAACAUGCAAUACAACAAUUCAUAUCACAACUUGCCACCGCAGCAGCAGAGUCACUACAAUGACAAUAAAAAUAUGCGAGGCGAGAGAAAUUAUAGCAAUGACAAUAAAGCGCAACAACCGCAGAACUAUCGAAACAGUGCACAGAGCACUAUGGACAGCUUAGUGGACGCCACGGCCGGCCUCAACCUGCUGGCCACGCAGCGCGCCGUCGAGGACCUGCAGCAGCCGCGCAACUACCCGCCGCUAGAGCAGGUCUAUGCCAAGCAGCAACAGGCCGCCUACCUCGCCGCGCAGGCCAUGCCCGAGGCACCGCCCUUCCGGCGCGGCAGCGACUUACAGAAGUAUCCGGAGCAGUCUUACCAACGUCGCCAGCAACCCAACGGCUACGUGGAAUCGCGGCAGAGCGGGAUGUACGGUGGCGUGGCGGGUUACAUGGGGGGCGCAGCGGCUGGAGGCUUCGCAGGCCGGCAGUACGGGUACGGCGCGCGGCCGCAGGACUACGGCGGCGUGCGUGGCGCACCCUUCCUUGCCAACUCCCUGCUAGGCUUCCAGAACGCCGCCGUCAACGAGCAAGCGCGCGCCAUGCUCGGGGUCGCGGACAUCAACUGGAAGGUGGGCGACCGCUGCCUUGCUCUCUAUUGGGAGGACAAUAAUUUCUACGAGGCCGAGAUCACGGGUAUAUCGGCCAAAACUGUAGUUGUCAAGUUCUGUGCCUACGGUAAUCACGAGGAGAUUCUCAAGACCAAUUGCCUACCAUUCCCCAAUCAAGGUCGUUAUGCACCGGUAACUCCUUUGGUAUUGCAGAUGUCCAUAGGUUCAGCCGGGGUUGCGGGAUUCGCGAUGGGAAUGGGAGGAGCAAUGGACAGCUGCGGCAGAUGUAUGAAAUUCUCGCUAAUAUGCAUCAACGUCGUCACUUUUCUUGGUGGUGCAAUCGCACUGGCAGUCGGGCUUUGGGUAUGGAUUUCCCGGUCCUUCUCGAGCACACUGAUGAGCAACAACAUGUUCAUAGCAUCAGUUGUGGUAGUGGUGGCCAUGGGAGCUGCCCUCAUGGUGCUGUCCAUCCUCGGCUGCUGCGGUGCCGCUAAGGAGGUCAAAUGUAUGCUGCUUACGUAUUACAUCUUGGUGUUCAUAAUCUUCGUGGUGAUGCUGGUAGGCGGGAUCCUGCAGUUCGUCUUCCGGGAGAAGGUGAUGACUACGUUAGACCGGGAGCUGUAUGCGUCCAUACCGUAUUAUGGAGUCAGGCACGAGUACACCAAGUCCUGGGAUGACACGCAGACGUACCUUCAGUGUUGCGGCGUCAAAGGAUACAAGGAUUGGAACGAUAAUGUGCCAGAGAGUUGUUGCCGAGAAGUGUAUCCAGGAAAGAGAUUGGACUGUAAGGCGUCUCCGAACCCGACUACAAUGUAUGUGGAAGGAUGCCUUUCCAAGGUGACAGACUUCUUGAGAGAAGACGCCGUGUACGUUGGUACUGUCGCUGUCAUCAUAGCUCUGAUAAUGAUUCUCGCCCUGAUAUUAUCGUGCGGAUUGUUCGUGAAGAUAGAAUGACGAAAAAAAUGACGAGAUGCGGUGAUGACUUGUUAGGAAUCGAGUAUUAGUUGUAUGAUUAUGAAUGUGUAGCCAUUUGUGAUUUGAUUUGAUCGUGUGCCUUCGGACUUUUCUAUUUAUUUAUAAAAAAUAAUUAAAAACAUAUUUUUUGCAAUAAAAAUUUGAUUGCAGCU